UUGUGUUCCGAGGUUCGGCAGGGAGAAAGGACAACACGGCAGCCGAUCCUGGGUCGGCUUCUUCCGCUUGUUGCGGCUGCAGUUGCCGCUCAGCUGAUCCUGGGUCGGCAACAACAGGUUGGGGAGCCUGCGCGGCGAACGGGAGGAGUCUGCCAAUCACAGCUCACCUGUUGUGAUCUAAGAGAACGCCACUGAUUGAACAAGCUGAGGACACGCCCUGGACGGGACAGAUGCUGUAGGCGAGUCUGUGCCGGGAAUGCAGCCCGUCUGGUUCUCCUCAAACGGGUCGGACUCCGCCGACUGGUCUGGAAGUGACUUUUCAAUCGGCGCUCGGAAACGACCCUUCCGUCUUCUCCUCGUCCCGCGGCAGGAAAAAUGGCGCUCAACCUGAGCAAGAACGGCGCUGAGCUGAUGGCGGCCUACAAGGAGGUGGUGGACACCCGCUCCGACACAAACUGGGCUUUGUUCACCUACGAGGGCAACAGCAACGCCAUCCGUUUGGCGGGAAAAGGAGAUGGGGGACUGGAGGAGAUGGUGGAGGAGUUGAACAGCGGGAAGGUGAUGUACGCCUUCUGUCGAGUACUAGACCCUAAUUCUGGUCUGCCCAAAUACGUCCUCAUCAACUGGACAGGUGAAGGAGUGAGGGACUCCCAGAAAGGCUUGUGUGCCAAUCACCUGAGUUCGGUCGCCAACUUCCUGAAGGGCGCCCACCUAACCAUCAACGCUCGAGACGAGGACGACGUGGAGCCAGAAACCAUCUUGUCUAAAGUGUCCAAAGCGUCAGGGGCCAACUACAACUUCCACAAAACAACACAACAGUACGGAGACGUUCCCAGAGGACCUGUGGUGAGAAAGACAGCGUGCAUGAUUUGGAUAUUAUUGCAAAAAAAAAAAAGGGUAAUGUUCUCAGCAGGUUCUGCGUUCAUGUUCCAGGGUUCCGUUUACCGCAAAAUAAACGCUGUGGACGAAAUUCAUCAAACUGAGAAAGACACUUUUUGGGCGCACGCUCAGAGGGAGGAGGAGUUGCGGCGCCAGCAGGAGGUGAAGAGGGCGGAGCUACAGAGGCAAACCUUGGACAAGGAGAGGAGAGCAAUGGAGGAGAAGGAGGCCCAGGAUCGAGACAUCCGAGUCCACGAGAAAGCCACGUACAUCGACCAGCUAAGAAAACUGGAGAAGCAAAGAGAAGAAGAAGAAAGAGAGAAAGAACAGCUGCGGCGGACUCAUCUGGAGAAAGAGAAGACGAGGGCAGGAGGCGACAUGGCCGUCUCGAUGCACGCCGCUAACGAGGCGAAGGCUUUGAUCUCUCAGCGCUCCUUCAACCCUCGAGACGUCUUCAAGCAGCGGGAGCAGAGUUUGGACCUCAACUACGGGCGCUCUCCCUCGGCCCCGACAGCAGGGAAGCUGAAAAGCCCGUUUUUGUCCCAGACGCCCUUCGAGAGUCCGUCCAUCGCGCGGCCUCAGUCUCCGCCUUCCCAAAAACCCUUUGAGGUUCCCACCAGCCCGCGGGCGGAGACUACGCCCUUCCAGAAGGCCCUGGAAAUCCAAAGCCCUUGGACUCCGCCCACCUCGUCUUGGACUCUGCCCUCUUCGUCUCCUCCUGCCAGGAACUCGCCCGACAUGUAUCGCGGCGGCUUCUCCUAUACGGCGCCACCCGCCGUCCCCGACGCAGACGCGGCCGAGGACGACGAUUGGUCGGACGAGUCCGACAACGACCUCUACAAAGCCGCUCCGGGCUCAGCGUUCGCCGGCACUCUCGAAAAGACGCUGGCGGCGCCCCCUGCUGACAGGAUGUUUCCUCUACACGCAGAAGACAACACGUACCAGGUGCCGCGGCAUGUCGGCGAGCACCACGUCUUUGAUGACAUCAUCCAGGACACCGGCACGGUUGAUUUUGACGAUGGAGGUCAAAACAUGUGUGCCAGGGCCAUCUACGACUACCAGGCUGCUGACGACACAGAGAUCACCUUUGACCCGGGUGACAUCAUCAAGGGGAUUGAGAUGGUGGAUGAAGGCUGGUGGCGAGGUCACGGACCCGACGGCAAUUACGGCAUGUUUCCCGCCAAUUAUGUGGAACUGUUGUAACGUUGCUCUAAAUAAAUGUCGGUGUGUACUUCUUCUUAUGA